AACCAUACCUCCCCAGAUUUCCCACACCCCGGUUUUGCGUAUCAAAUCUGUCAUUCAAUUGGAGAUUGCCGGGCUAAAUAUCAAUUAGGCAGUUAUUGUCACGCUUCAGGCGGUCUGCAUGCUUUUGCGGAUGACAUAGAAAUCCAUCAAGGAGCACAAUCCCUCAAGGAAUAUCUGUUUGGCUCGCAUACUAUCAGAAUCUUCUUUUGCGGAACCUGUGGUGCCAAUGUGUACAACAGAUCAGUGAACCCCAAGUUCAUCUAUGGCAAGUGUGCUAUCAAUGUAAGUCAAACCUUGUGCUGGAUGACCAUCACCCCCGUCUGUAUGCGCCUACUGCAGGGAAUUGACUUAGAAGCGAUACAAGUCACUAAGCGUGAUGGGAAGGAUUUUUGUCCGCCCCCUUUGGAAGGGAAUCCACUUUAG